CUCGCUGUGCCAACGGAAUGUCGUCGAAAUGGGCAAAGUCGGCUAUCAAAUCAGAGUUCGUUGGUUGGUGCCGUCGCGCUUCGACUUACUUAUCAUUAUCGUCUUGCGAGUUACACUACACAGUCUGUUUGCCGAGUUAUUUCAUUUAUUAAACGCACGUUCAUUCAUUGAAUCGGAAAACAUGGAUAUGGAGAGACAGUCGCUUCAUAGUUACACUAAACUUAACCUAAAAUAUUGGUGUAUAACUAAAAGAUAACGAUAUUAUAAUGUUUCGAGUGAAAUUUUUGUUAUAAGUUCUGUGUAUUAAAUUAAAUAAUAGUUUAGACCGAAGAUAUCACAUUUGUGUCAAAAUGCCAAAUGUCAAUGUGACAAACGGUGCAUUAAAAUGAAUCUCAUAACCUCUGUGUAUAUUUUGGUUCUUAGCAAAAAUUUAGUGUACGCUGAUAGUGGAUAUGUGUAAAUUAGACGUUACUAGAAAUUUUUGAUUUUAAUAAUGAGUAUUGGUAAAAUGUGUACGCAAACGAGCGUCUACUAGUUGGAACGUAUGUGAUAAUGGCCUGUGUGUCGGACAUAGAUCUAGCAACGCUUCACAAAAGACGUCUUAACGAACGCGUCAAUUAUCAACUGUCGUAUUAUCCCACUUCGAACACUGCAGAAGAUGUCGAGCAGUCCGGCAAGCUCGAUAACGCGGAAAUCCGGCGUAACGAAAUCGGCGAAAAGUGCGGCCUUUCAAGCGGCGACCGCAUUCGAAGACGAAGAUCCGGAACGUGGCCAUGUACAAUGGUGUCAGCGUCCCAGCGUGUAUGGGAGAGAAAGUGAUUCUAGCAAUGCCGAUCGCGUACACGAUCUGGCCACGAGGCGCACGAGAUCCCUGAAUGCGCCUUCGCCAGUUCAACAUUUUGGACCAUGCGGCCGAAUUAUGAAAAACUCUGCAAUGGUGAUGCAAAUUCAGGAUCCAGCUAGCCAACGCUUAACAUGGUACAAACCGCCCCUGACAGUUUUAGUAGUAAAAAAAGCUAGGGAUUCGAAAGUACUAGCUCCUUUCGUUCAAAUGGUGCAAUGGCUCAUAAAGGAGAAAAACAUGGUAGUAUUCGUAGAAUCGGGAGUUAUGAGCGACGCUGGAUUGGCAGAUAAUGAAAAUUUUCAAUUAAUUCGAGAAAAAUUGAUGACAUUCAGUGACAGCAAGGAUGACCUGACUGAUAAAAUAGAUUUUAUUGUAUGUUUGGGAGGUGAUGGAACGCUGCUGUACGCGAGUUUGUUGUUCCAGCAAUCAGUUCCACCUGUGAUGGCAUUCCAUCUUGGGUCCUUAGGAUUCUUAACUCCAUUCAAAUUUGCUAAUUUUCAAGAACAGGUUACUGCGGUUUUGGAAGGCCACGCGGCCCUUACGCUUCGUAGCAGACUCCGCUGCAUAAUUCUGCGCAAGACAGCAUCCGGAGAAGCGCGGGAACCCACCACUAAUCUUUUAGUUCUUAAUGAAGUUGUGAUAGAUCGUGGUCCAUCUCCCUAUUUAUCUAACAUUGAUCUCUAUUUAGAUGGUAAACACAUCACUUCUGUUCAAGGAGACGGAUUAAUCGUGUCCACUCCUACCGGCAGUACGGCAUAUGCUGUGGCAGCUGGCGCUUCUAUGAUUCAUCCGUCUGUUCCUGCUAUAAUGGUGACGCCAAUCUGCCCGCAUUCGCUCUCUUUUCGGCCUAUUGUCGUUCCAGCAGGAGUUGAGCUCAAGAUUUCGAUUUCACCGGAUAGUAGAAGUACUUCGUGGGUAUCCUUUGAUGGAAGAAAUCGUCAAGAAUUAACUCAUGGUGAUAGUCUACGCGUGACGACAUCGGCGUAUCCAGUGCCAAGCAUUUGCUCGCAGGACCAGAUCUCUGACUGGUUCGACUCGCUGGCGGAAUGUCUCCAUUGGAAUGUGCGUAAGCGGCAAAAGUGUCUGGACGAACUCUCCGAUCUUACUGGAUCUGUGUCCGACGACACGUUCGACGAUUUAGAUCGCACCGAGAACUUAGAUUUAUACUAAAUAUUGUCCGAAUAUUCGAUUCAGCGCUGCUGUGUUUAUCAUUUUCUUUGUUUGGCUGUAAGAAUGUAUAUAAAAUAAUUAUAAUAUUAUGAAUAUCGCAAUCGCGACCGUUUUCCAUGUUUAGUUUGUAGGUGUUGGGACCAGUACAAAAUCAAGAUUUAAUGAAAUCUUAAAUAUUUAUAAAUUCGUUAUAUUGUACAUAUGUGCGGAGCCUUGCGUGCGCUGAACAAGAAAUCUGAAUAAAAAUAGAUAUCUAAAUAAUAAUAUAAAAAUUAAAAGCAUAAGUUUAUUGUCAACGUCUUGGAACUUGGUAUUUAAUGCUCUGUUUUUCUGUAUUUAUUAGAAAACAAAAAAAAUGCCAAAUAUGUAACUAAACAGAAUAGAUUAUACAAAACUCACAAAUGGCACUCACUAUAGCACACUGAAUAGUUAACAAUAACAUAUUUUCUUUCUUUUUUUAAAAUCCAUUUAAAGUCUAACCAACAAAUGUAAUUAAAAUAAAAAUAAUACUUGCUUUUGUGCUUGCAACUAUAUAAACAAUGAUUAUUGAUUCACAUUGUGACAAUCUCACAUGAUAUAUAAUUAAUUCUUUUUAGUUUUCUAAUAAAUUCAUUUAAAAUA